CUAUAUCAGGGGUAUUUAGAAUGCAGUGGAGCGAAAAUUUGCAGGGGUCCGCUACGGAAGAGCCAAAGAACACGGGUCGCGGUCUCUCGUCACAGGCCGGCCUCUAGCUUCUCGAAGCCGGAUUAUUCAUCAAGGUGUUCAGUUGGGCCUUAUAGAAUCACUCGACAUGCACCCUCAGCAUUAUAUAUAGCUGUAUCGGUGUUAUCGCACCUUUGUUUGCACGCCGCCAUCCUCAGAAAUUCUUCAUCAUCGACUCUUCAUCGUUCAAAAUUCCGUUCUUUCAGAAACUACGUUCAUCGAUGCGCAAGCACCUAGGAGGGAAAGGUGCGAAUGACGGUGCGAGCAGCGGCGCAAGCAGCACGAGCGUCAAGCCAGUCGUUGCGCUAGUCGGUUCGACUGGGUACCUCGGGAAAUCCAUAGUUCCAGUUUUCGCCAAGGCCGCUAACGAGGGUCAGUUCGCCGCGUUCAAGAUCCUGACGAGCUCGACCCCAAAGGACGAACUCAAGUCUGCUGCAUCGGAUAAAGUGACCAUCGUACAAGUUGAUUAUGCAUCUCCUGCAUCGUUGGAGAGUGCAUUAGAGGGUGUCGAUGUCCUGGUAAGCGCCUUGGGGGCAAGCAAAUCAACGGAGGCCGCUCAAAAGAGUUUGGUUCAAGCCGCCGUCGCCUCCAAAGUAAAGGUGUACUUCCCAUCAGAAUGGGGCACCGACUUGGAUGUCAGCCCAUACCCCUUCCCGCCUCUCGACGCAAAGACCGAACAUGUCGAAGAAGCCAGAAAAGCCGGGCUUAAAACAGUCGUCUUUGUCGUCGGGGUGUUCUCCGAUAUAAUCCUCUUGCCUAUCUCUGGAUGGUUCACUGCGCCGAACACGGUGCACAUACCCGAUUCCGGCAAGAAUAAGGCUGUCUUCACUGCCAAAAAACACAUUGUGCAGUAUGCACUCCAAGCCGUCAUCCUCGCUGCUCAGGACCCGGCGAAGUUCCCAGAUAAGGUUCGCGUUUGGGACGAUAAUAGAUCCUGGGAUGAAUACACCGCAGAGCUCGAGCAAGUCCUGGGAAGAGAACUCAUCAAGAACGUCAUCCCUAAGGAACAACUUGUGCAGGAUUUCGCCGCCGGACCCUCCAUCGGCGGCCUUGGAAGGUUACUCGCUGCCGAUGGCCUUACCGAUUAUUCGGACAACCAUAACGAAUUGUUGAACCCUGGCGAGAAGUAUUUCAAACGUCAGACUGUUGGGGAGACUUUGAAGGAGGUGGGAUUCAAGCUAUGAUGAUAUCGAGCAAUAUUGUAAGACUGCAGAGAGAUGGCAUGACCAUACUCUUUUUCUUUUGGCCUUUCUCGGCGCCAAUGUAUGUGUAGAGAC